CCGGAUGGAAGAAGAAGAAGAAGAAGAAGCGAAGGAAAAGAGAAGUAACGUUGUCACGUGACCUGUAGUGCGGUAAAUACGAAGCUAAUUUUUUUUUUUACUACGUGCCGUUUAAUGGAGAAAAGAUUAAGUUAUAAUAAUAUGAGCGCCAGUAAAUACGUGAAGUUGGUGGGUUACAUUUUGCCACCAAAGACGGAUAACGCGGCUGAAGAGUCCGAAAACGACGAAGGAGAGGAAGAGCCAGUGCCGGAGUUUCUGGACAUGAAGGAAAUGGCCUCUGUCUUUUCUGGGGGAUUCAUGUCUCAGCAGUCUGUACCCGCGGCGGAUGAAGUGGAUUUCAUGUUUCAUGGGAAGAAAGUACGUGUUAAGGGCCGAUUUCCUCUCAGGAACCCAUGGUGGGAGAUCUCCUGCGGUGCCCAGCAACACUCCCGUAAACUGGUGGUCGACGGCUACCCUUCCUACAAACUCCAUACAGACCUGAAAAAUGGCUGGCGCACUUUCGUGUCUCUCUUCCUGAAGGAGUGUGAUGUGGAACCUAAUUUUGUCACCCGGUUCAUGCAAUGGCUACCAGAGGACAGAUAUGUGGACCUCAUAAACGUAGUGGAAGCUCUGCACGAAUUUGGAGAGAAUAUCAAAGACACAAGGGAAGAAGCUGAUUAUGCCAAGUCUAACAUUUGGAAAUCAGAUGCAGGUUUUCUUGUAAGAGCUGCCACCAUCUAUCCUUAUAUCAUGAAAUACUUGCCAACGUUGCUGCCAGGGCAGUUUUUAAAUCUACUGAAAAAAGGGAAAGAGGAAGAGGAGAAACAGCAGUCUAAAAUUGAUGAAGGAAACAGGGAAGGUUCCCCACAGAAAAAUAAUACGAGUCCCUUAGCCAGACUGGAAGAGCUCAUCAAGACUGAUGUGUGGAAGUUUGGCUUUGGCUAUGUGAGUAAGACUGGAUAUUGGAGAGACACUAACCAGUCAAGUAUGCAGAAAAGGCCACGUAGUGCUUUCCUCCGAGUGUGUUCUGCUGCCUUGUACCGCAGCGUGAGCAGCCGUUUGAAAAGAAGCACUGACUGGCUUUACAUGUCUUGGGAGAAGCACAUGCUAGCUCUCAUCCUUCCUGGAUGUUUUUGCUAUAUUUUUUCCCAAAUGUUCUGUAGUUUUAACUCUUUCUGCUUUGCUUCAUGUCCAGUGGAUUUCAUGUUUCAUGGGAAGAAAGUACGUGUUAAGGGCCGAUUUCCUCUCAGGAACCCAUGGUGGGAGAUCUCCUGCGGUGCCCAGCAACACUCCCGUAAACUGGUGGUCGACGGCUACCCUUCCUACAAACUCCAUACAGACCUGAAAAAUGGCUGGCGCACUUUCGUGUCUCUCUUCCUGAAGGAGUGUGAUGUGGAACCUAAUUUUGUCACCCGGUUCAUGCAAUGGCUACCAGAGGACAGAUAUGUGGACCUCAUAAACGUAGUGGAAGCUCUGCACGAAUUUGGAGAGAAUAUCAAAGACACAAGGGAAGAAGCUGAUUAUGCCAAGUCUAACAUUUGGAAAUCAGAUGCAGGUUUUCUUGUAAGAGCUGCCACCAUCUAUCCUUAUAUCAUGAAAUACUUGCCAACGUUGCUGCCAGGGCAGUUUUUAAAUCUACUGAAAAAAGGGAAAGAGGAAGAGGAGAAACAGCAGUCUAAAAUUGAUGAAGGAAACAGGGAAGGUUCCCCACAGAAAAAUAAUACGAGUCCCUUAGCCAGACUGGAAGAGCUCAUCAAGACUGAUGUGUGGAAGUUUGGCUUUGGCUAUAUAAUGUAUAAAGAGUUCCGAUUAGUCAGAUGUGAGACUACACUGAAGGACUUUAUGUCCUGUGAGUUAUUCAGCAAAAUGUCUUCUGAGCAGCAAAAUGCCCUGAAGGUGUACCACGAACUUAAAGGCUACUGUAGUCAGUUUGGCCACACCUACAUUGACCGGACGGUUCUGGAGGAGAAGAUGAAAAUGCAAGAAGAACGCAUUUGGGAAGCCGUGGCCUUCCUUCGCAAGCAUGGAGUGGUGAUCAUAGAAAAGCAGAAGAUUGCCCUGAGGAAUCUCUACAAGUAUGAGAAAGAAAUUGCUGAAUGUCUCCAGCAACUAAUAGAGGGGGAACCCUGGAAGAUUGAUCUGGACGUGAGGAAGGUUCUCCUCUCCGCAGCGCAUGAUCUAAGAGAGUCUGCCUCAGGUGUGCAUGGCCCCAUGGAUGAAGAACCUGAGGCCACCUCUAUAAAGCUGGACCCAGACCAAGUGCGAGCAGCAGAGAUGAUGUGUGCCAAUGCUGUGACAGUGGUCAGUGGAAAGGGGGGCUGUGGCAAGACCACCGUGGUCAGUAUGAUCUUUAAAGCUGCCAUGAAGCAACAGGAGAAGAUUAGAGAGGAUGAUCAUGACAGCACCAGGGAGGAGGGUGAGAAGAAAGAGAAUAGCAAAGAGCCACUGGAGGUUCUUCUUACUGCUCCCACAGGUAGAGCUGCAUCACUUCUGACCAAGAAAACCUGCUUCACAGCUUAUACCAUGCAUCAGGUCUUAUGGAGUUACAUGCUUACGAAAAAACAACCAAGUGGGGAGCCAAUAAACUGGAAGUUUGCCAACGUCCGAGUGCUGGUGGUGGAUGAAGGCAGUCUUGUGUGUGUGCAGAUCCUUUCCUCCAUCCUGUCAAUGCUCACCAAACAUGCACAACUACAAAAGUUCAUAAUUCUGGGAGAUAUAAGGCAGCUGCCCAGCAUUCAACCAGGAAAUGUCCUCAAUGACCUCUUUACCAGUCUAAAGAAGGUGAACUGGGCCAUCGAAAUGUGCACCAACCACCGUGCUGAAUCAGAGCUCAUUGUCCAAAAUGCUGGAUUAAUAGCAGAUAUGGGUGUUACUAAAAAGUUUCAUAAUCUAAACUAUGAUGCUACUGUAGAACUGGGUAAAAAACGCACACUACCCUCACCUGACAAGAGGUUCAUUGAGAUCCUUCUUCCAGAAAAGGAAAACGAUGAUGAUCUACAGAAUUCUAUAAAGUGUUUGCUGAGAGGCCCAGCACCAGGGCUGGUGGAUCAUGAGUCUUCACAAUUUGUUGCCUUCAAGAGGACUGAAUGUGCUCUGAUUAAUGAGCUUUGCUGCAAGCAUUACUGUAACCACAACACCAAGACUCAUAAAAACAAAAUGAACUUUCAGAUUGGCGAUAAAGUAUGUUGCACAAGGAAUGGCUAUGUAACUGAUAUAGACAAAAAAGAUGAAGCCAAAGACCAGGAGGACGAAAUGGAUGGAAGCAAAAGUAAAAAAGAACGCUUGUGCAAUGGGGAGAUUUUCUUUAUUACACAGGAUGUGACGGUAAAGGAAGACACUGCACGGAAGUGCGUUAAAUUGAGAUACCUGACUCUAGAUAACAAGCAGGGAGAAAAGCUGACUGUUGAAUACAGGGAGCUAAUGAGACAGUGUAAACUACGACAUGCCUGGGCUCGAACCAUUCACACCUUUCAGGGCUCAGAGGAAAAGACUAUUGUGUAUGUUCUUGACAGUGGCAUCCCUCAAACUUGGAAACACGUUUAUACUGCAGUCACACGAGGUCAGAGCCGAGUGUAUGUCUUAGCAAAGAAGGAUGGGCUUGAGAACGCCAUCCGAAGACACGUCAUCAAACGCAACACACGACUAGAAGGCCAUGUUGUGAACUUGUUACAUGAAUUAGGAUUAGCCGAUAAAGAUUUUCUCAGUCAGGCAAGUCAGUCUCAAUUCAACUCGCCAAAGCGAGGUUAUGGAUUUCAGACUACUCAGUCUACACACGAGUCAUUGUCAAGCCCAGGUCCAUCCCAAGCUUACCCUGGAAUGAGGAAUUUGAAGAAUGUGACCUGUCAAAACCUCACUGAUACUGGUAGUAUGUUUGGUGACCUCAGUUUCCCCAAAUCAGCAAGUCCAAGUCCAUGUAAGCGAGAAAGAACCACGGACAACUGCACCAUGCCAUCCAAACAAAUGAAGGUGGACACACCACUGGGCUGCUCCAAGCUAAAGUCCCUGUCUCUUAACAGCAUCACUCCCAGACAGCUCUACCCAAAAGCUCCACAGUCGCACCAGGACCAGUGAGUGCAUGAGCAAGAAACGUCAGGAAGAGCCUGCCAAAUACCUUGUUUGCUGUGACAUGCCGAAGGUCAGAGUGGGACUUUGUGUGCAUUGCAGCAUUUAAGGUGAUUCACCUUUAAACUAGAUAUAGAUCCGGCAAAGUACAGAAUGCCAUUCUGUAGUUUUGUGGAUUUCAGUGUGUUUUACUUAUUGAGUGUCACAAGUCAAACAAUAUUUCAUAUUCAUGGUGAUUUCAGUGCAGUGAGCAUUUCAAGAUAACAUUUCAAAUGCGUAAGGUGUUUAUUUUAGUUUUCAUAUCAUGCAUGCUGUAGUGAUUAUAGCAUAUUAUGUUUUAUUUUUGUCAGGGUUUGCAUACAAAUACUUGCUCCUGCAUUACAAUCUAAAGUGAACAAAUCAUGGAAGAAUCUGGCAUAUAUGCACACAACUUAUAAUCAUAACUUUCUGCAACUUUCUGUCCUAUAAGUAAUUGAUUUCCUUAGUUUGUCAUGUUCAUAAUCAUUGUGUGUGUACAUUAAUGCUAAUGUACACUGAAAUAGAAUUCCUGUAAUUAUGUUUAAUACUCACAAAAAUGCUAUGUUGACUUUGCUAAAAAUAUUUGACAUGAGAGUUUACAUUGUUUGUGUGAAAUCAGAAACGCUAAUUAAUUAUUUUUAAUAAAAAAAUUAAUUACAUAUUUAAUUUAAAAAAUAUAUUUUAUUUGCUUCAUGCAUUGGUAUUUUGUUUGAAUUUACUGUGCAGGCUGCCACCGCUUCACUGUCAGUAUUUAUUCAUGAAACAGCUAGAGCUGCAACUAAAGAUUGUUUUCAUAAUAGGUUAAUUGGAGUGGGGUGGGGACAAAAUUUCAAUACCAUUUAUUUCGUUUAUUUAAAAUAAAAUCCACAAACUGAGUGUUAAAAAUAUAAACUUCACACUAAAACUUUACAUUAAAACAAUUGUUUGUUUGUUUGUAUAUUUUAUAUUAUAUAUGUUUUAUGCACAAAAUUAAUAAAAUCUCACUUUCACUGCACCUCAUACUUUCUAUUACUCACUGCCUUUAGGCAUAUUUUUGUUAUUUAUGUUUAGUUUGAUCGUACCGUUUUAAUUAAACAUUACAGAUCUUACUUCCGCUCCCACUGUUUAUCACCAUGUCUACCAUUGUGAGUGAGGAGCAACGCGACCUCGUUACUAACAGAUUACUUAUAGAUCGCUCCAGUUAUAAUAACACGGUUUAUACUGCAACCACGCAAAUACAGCAUAUAAUGACAAGUAACCUGGUUUAAACUGAACCUCUUAAGCAGCUCGUACCUUCCCCAACCCCUUGCACACAGUGGAGCAUUUUGGAUAUAAACAGUUUGGAUAUAAAGUUUGUGCUCGUGCAUCACUGUCGUGCUUCCGUGCUAUACAAGCUCCGCUUUGUAAAGUUUGCAAGUUACAAUGUUCUUGGUGGCUUUCCUGCCUUAGAGGACUUGGGUCGCACUCUUUCUUCCUCAGGCACUUGACGAUUAUGCCUCCGUCUGAUGGUGACUGAGGUCAUAUUGGGAAUAUAAAAAGGUAAUGCUGAGAUAAACAGUAAACUGAAGAAACUCAUGGUCGUUGACUCUGGGUAUUCUGCUAAAGCUAGCGGAAUCGUAUUAUGUGUGUUUUACAUUAAGUGCCAUCGACUGGGAAAUGGCUUAUAUGUCCGGUUAGUAAAAAAACCCGCUAGUGUUCCAUUUGAGACGAUAUUACCCUUCUAAAAUUCAUACACUAGAUGAUAGAGGGCAUAGUCUAAGUGUAUAGUACAUCAUUUGGGACACAGAGAGUCUGUACUCUCUGAUGCGUGUUUUCGAAACAGAAGUAACGCAACGAGUAAAUGUACCCCGUGUUGCAUGCAGACCAACUAAUCGAUAAUGAGAUUUGUUGACAACGAUUUUCAUAAUCGAUUUAUUAUGAAUUUUAUCAAUUAGUUGCAGAAAUGUGCCAUCAUCCUUAGUAACCCAGGCCGUUCUCAUUUGAGGAAUUCCUUAGUAAUGAAAAUGUUUAAAAGAGAAAGACUUAGUAGUAAGAUUAAAUUCUUUGUGAAAAUAGCCACUGGUCUCUCACACAUGCUUAAAAUUCAACUUGCAUUAAAAAAAGGAGCAACUGUAAACAUAACCCACACUCCAGAUUCCUGUUACAUUGCCAGUUAUAUUUAUACAUAAAUA